AUGUCAACUUGGGGUGAAUACUUCAAGGUCACCACUUACGGUGAAUCUCAUUGCCGCUCCGUCGGCUGCAUCGUUGAUGGCUGCCCUCCAGGAAUGGAGCUUACUGAGGCCGAUGUCCAGCCUCAGAUGACCCGGAGACGUCCCGGUCAGAGUGCUUUGACGACCCCUAGAAAUGAGAAGGACCGCGUGGAAAUCCAGUCGGGAACGGAAUUCGGUGUCACCCUUGGUACCCCGAUUGGCAUGAUGGUCCGCAACGAGGAUCAGAGGCCCAAGGACUACGGUGGCAGCACAAUGGACUUGUACCCUCGCCCCAGCCAUGCCGAUUUCACCUACCUCGAGAAAUAUGGCGUCAAGGCCAGCAGCGGCGGUGGCCGCAGCAGUGCUCGUGAGACAAUCGGCCGUGUCGCCGCCGGAGCCAUUGCUGAGAAGUACCUGCGCCUCUCUCACGGCGUUGAGAUCGUCGCAUUCGUCUCCUCUGUCGGCAAUGAAUACCUCUUCCCUCCCACCCCUGAGCACCCCUCUCCCGCCACCAACCCCGAAUUCCUGAACCUCGUCGAGAACAUCAGCCGCGAAACUGUCGACUCCUUCGUGCCAACCCGCUGUCCCAAUCAAGACGCUGCAGCCCGCAUGACCAAAGUCAUCGAGCAAUUCCGCGACAACCAAGACAGCAUCGGCGGUACGGUAACGUGCGUGAUCCGCAACGUGCCCGUAGGACUCGGCGAGCCCUGUUUCGACAAGCUUGAAGCCAAGCUUGCGCACGCCAUGCUCAGCAUCCCCGCAACAAAGGGCUUCGAAAUCGGCUCGGGCUUCGGCGGCUGCGAAGUGCCAGGCUCCAUCCACAACGAUCCCUUCGUCGUCUCGGACGUUGAAACCCGCACCGGCACCGAAACCACCACCAAGCAGCGUCUGACCACCAAGACCAACAACUCCGGCGGUAUCCAGGGCGGCAUCUCCAACGGUGCCUCCAUCUACUUCCGCGUCGCCUUCAAGCCCCCGGCCACCAUCGGCCAGGCCCAGACAACCGCCUCCUACGGUCUCGAAGAGGGCACCCUCGAGGCCAAGGGCCGUCACGACCCCUGCGUCGUGCCCCGUGCUGUUCCCAUCGUCGAAACCAUGUCCGCCCUCGUCAUCAUGGACGCCCUUAUGGCCCAGUAUGCUCGUGAGAGCGCGAAGAACUUGCUCCCGCCUCUGCCUAAGACCAUCCCGACUCAUCCCACGAUCAAGCCCGACUCCGCAUGA